UGAUUCGUAAGAGUUGGUGUAGAAUGGUUGGAUUAUUAAAUUCGUGUAAAAAUCUAAGAUGUUUAUUUUUAGCAAAAAAGGAGCAGUUUUUUCGAAAGCCGUCCAGUCUCAAGACACAAUUCAUAGCGAGCGGACGCAUUCCGAUUCCGAUUCCGGCAGCCGGUUACAGCAACCGUUUUGCGUUGCAUCAUAUUCAUCAUUAGCCAGAGCAGAGCCGUCGUGGCAUCCUUGACUGGUGGCCGCGUGGGAGGCAGGAAGAAUUUACGAAAAAGUGCAUUUUUUUUGUUGGGUGAUUUGCUUCCGUUCUGGAGGUAUCUUUGUGGAUUUGGCAAAAGAUAACCGUUACCAAGAAUUGAAAAGGAAGAAUAGUGGAUUCAGUUGUGUUUGAUUUUUCCGUUGCAAAAAAAAAGUGUGGAAAAACGAGGAAAAGUGGUGAACCAAAUUACAUUUUUGCGAUUCAAGACAAGAGUUGUUGUUGAGAGUUGUUGAGCGGACGGAAUAAGGUCCAGCACUCGAAGAUCAUCUUGUCCCAGCAUCCACAAUUCAACAACUCGCGCGCGUCAGCAGGCAGGCCCAGAAGACCAAGAAAAGGCAGUUUGGCGAGUUUCUUGGGGAGCCUGUGAAGCGCAUCGCAUUCCGAGGCGCACCAGCCACGAGAGUGGACAAGUGGAGGAAAAAUAACGGCACAACGAUGAAGCACAAACCCAUACUGCUGUUGUGUCUGCUGGUGGGGCCGGCCCUGGCGAGACCAAAUGCCGAACCCAUCUACUACCGAUCCAGCGCCCAGAGCAACCCUCUGGAGGUGACCGAAGAGCUGAUUCCGACCACCAACGUGCUACCGUUGGUCAUCACCGAAGCAGCAGCAAACCGGGAACAGGAUCAACCGAAGGCACUCGAGCUGCGGGGCACAACCACGACCGAGGCUCCCGUUACGACGACGACAACUUCGGCACCGGCGACGACCCAGGACCAGAAUAGCAGCCCGUUGUUCAAACGGCCCGAGGUCCCACUGAAGACGAAGGUUGGCACGUCCGGGUAUGUGGUGUCGACCAGCACGAAGAUUUUGACCAGUGCCGGGUUGCACCAAUCGGGCAAAGCCAACGACCAGCCGAUGGUCCACUAUGAAAUGUACAAUGCUCACGCCGGAGUGGCGGAACCCAUGUCCGAGGAAGAGUACCACCACGAGCUGAGCAAACCCACCGAUCGUGGCCACAUCCGAAUGAAUCCUACGACCACUCCGAAGGAGGGUCUGUCCACGUGGGUUCUGCUGAGCGGAAGUAACUCGGUCACGUCAACGGAGUCCAAGAAGGAAGCCAAUUCAACGAAGCGUCCGUUUACCAGCACUACCAGACGUCCGGCGACCACCAGUGCACGUAAGCCGUUGACGACACCUCGUCGGAAGCCCGUCGCCAGCACUCGUACAACUCCGGCCGUGUCUCAGGAGACGAACGAAAAGAUCAGCAAGCUAAUGUCCCGUCUCAAGGUGGUCGCCGGAGCUCUGCAGGACAAUGUCAAGCAGCAGCGCGUUGAGGCAUCUACCGUGAAAAGUGAACCAGUGGUCAAAAAGACCAAGAAGACCACCACGACGACAACCACUACGACGACCACAACUCCCGCUCCAACGACCACCGAAUUGGCCACCACUGAAGUUACGGCCGUCGAUGAUGAGGAAAAUGCGCUGGAAACCUCGACUUUCCUGAUUCUGGAACCGAAGGACGCCAUGUUUGAUCUGCCCGAGGAUCGUUCACCCUCCAAAACUACCAAGAAGAAGACUUCGCGCAAACCAACCGUACCGGCUACCAAGAAGAAGACCGCCACCAAGAAGAAGAAGCCCGAAGAGAAGGACUCCGGCUUGAUCAAGUUGAGCGAGAAGAAGCCUCCGUCGAAGAACAAGCCCAUUUCGGCGCAGAUCAUGAACUACCUCUCGCGAGAGGUGAUGCCAACGGUUGGAGUCGGCUUGGUUGGGCUGGUCAUUACGGCCGGACUGGCAUCGUACUUCCUCGGAACUCCACUGACUGCGGCGCUGCGUCGAUCGGACGAGACCAACCGCAAGGACGAUGUGUACUACUCCAACUACGAGGACUACGCCGGACAGGACGGUCAAAACGAGGAAGAAGUGUUUGGUAAGCUGAUCGCCGGCAUGCCAGAUCGUUCGUACUACCGUAACAACCUGCGCCGAAGAACCAGCCAACCACUGCGCACGGGUCAUCAGUAUGGAAAUUACCACGUGCAGAGCUACUCCGCCAACAAGUAUCCACAAAUCAACUACAGAAACCGAGCCCCGCAACCAGCGUACGCAGGAACUCCGGAGAUGUACGCGACCUACAACCGCAACGUACAGGCCAAGUCGCACAACGAGUUCUUCUACAACACUCCGCCCAGUUUCUACACCAAACCCAGCUCGCCAGUCUACGUGACUCCAGAGAGCACAUCAUCGACCACCCAGUCCCCCCAGACCACCCCGGAACCAAACACGUCCGAGAUGGCCGAUGAACUGUCCGAAGAACACGAGCUGCUCCCAAAUCCGGCAGCCUACUCGGCGGCAGAACACAACCCGGAGCAGCACGCUCACUACGACACGGCCCACUCGCAGUUCGUGGUCGGAAGUGUGUACCAGGACAACAGCAUGAUGGACAUCAUCACGUCGGCACCGGUCCCGGAGCACGGACCUCGUCGUCGCAAGCGCCAGGCAAAUAGCGAUGAUAACGAGCUUGACAACGAAAUCGGCGGCCCGAACGAGGACGAAAAGAAGCCGGUGUCGACCACGACCUCUACCGUUGAAUCGGCGACCACCGAGAAGGUCGAUCUGACGCCCACCACCGAGCACACCAUCACGUGGCAGCAGUUGCUCCGGAACACCGUCGAAAUGAAGCUCGCCAUGGGCGUGAACCUUCUGCAGCAGAUGACGUCUCAGUUCCAGCAAUAUCUGACCGGAGUGCAGCACCGCGUUGAGCAAGAAUUUAACCACACCACCGUCGCACAUUGAAGAAGUUCUUCGCACAAUUUUAUCCUUACGGCAUUUAAGAAACACCCACACACACAUACACAUAAACACGCGUUCAUACACACACAUACACACAAGUACACACGUGCAGAUCAAAUGAGAGAUAUAGAAUGAAUGAAGCCGGCGCUCAAUUCCCUUAAAACACGAGUUUCAGGAUUAAAUUCUCGUUUCUUACCCAAAAAAAAAAUCAAAUUAACAAACCAAAUUUCAAACAAACGUUACGUCGUUUGCGAACGAGUCUCUUCUUAACCUGACCCCAACAGAAUGAGAAUUUUCUCCUGAUCUCGUUGCGUUCGGACAAAAAGAAAAGAAACGGGUUGAGCCGGAUUUGUUCGCCGCCGCAGCUGCCACCCGGUGGACCGGUAUCGAGCUUUGCGUUGAGAGUGGCCGCUGCUGUGCGGGGAUGUUUUAUUUUUAAUUUUAUUUUGGCCUGUCGGAUUUCGAACGGAUCAUUCGUGUUUGCACCCACCACCCACUCGCCGUGUUUCCCCCCCUCCCAGUUAUCACAGGCACCGUAAUCGUUAAGUCACUUCGGAGAGAGUGUGAGGUGAGAGCAUUAUCGCUAGAAUUUAUUGAUGGAAAAAAGGCAAAUAAAGAAAAACAAGAGUGAAAGAAA